AUGAAUAAGGGAAUGGGUCAAUUGGUCAAAGUUGAGCUGAGCAGAAUUCAUGUUUUUAAACAGCUACAUUAAAAGUAAAUAAAAAAAAUAAAAACAUUUCGUAAUUUGGAAAUACUUUUUGCUGCUUAUCUAUUUGAUUUUAAGAAAACUUACAAAACUACCCAUUGCUCAAAUAUUAUAAUUUGAGAAUACAAGCAAAAAUAUGGCUCUAUCACCAAAAGAAUCUGGAAAGUACAUAGCAGAAAACGCGGAUUUCGUAAAGCUAAAACCAGAAAACGUUCAUAAGUUGGGAGAUAUUCUUAUUGAGGAAAUCAAGUCUGGGAACUUAAAACCAGACAACUUUAGUCAGACUGAAGUUCAUCCAAAACCAGAAGAUCCUUAUGUACUUGACUGGCUGUUUGUUGUUGACACUUUAAAUUUUUGUUUUUGGCAUAUUGAGAAGGAAGAAGGCUGGAAAGUAGACGGAUAUUCUGGGUACUUCGCUUUGUGUGCUGCUAUCAAUCGUGCAAUAAAAGAAAAAAUUGACAUUCUUGAUCCAAAAUUUUAUUCCACAAUAACAGAAAACCAACUUAAAAAAAUCCUGCGUAGUGACACAAAGGUAGAUGUGCCUUUACUUCCUGAGAGGGUAAAAUGCUUACAUGAAGUAGGAGCGGCGCUAUUAGAAAAUUUCGACGGUUCAUUUGAAACAGUAGUCAAAAAAGCUGAUAACAGUGCCAAAACUUUGCUCCAUCUAAUUGUGGAUAACUUCAAGUGCUUUAGAGAUGAAGCGGAAUUUAAGGGAAAACGAGUAUCUUUUUACAAAAGGGCUCAGAUUCUUGUAGGUGACAUAUGGGCUUGCUUUAAAGGCCAAACAAUGGGUUUCUUUAAAGACAUAGAUGAUAUAACUAUGUUUGCCGACUAUAGAGUUCCACAGCCUCUUGUUUGGUAUGAAAUCAUGGAGUACAAUGACGACUUAAAUAAUAAACUCAAAAGUAAUACUUUGCUAAAAAAUGGAAAUCAGGAGGAGCAAGAAAUUAGAGGAUGCUCCAUUCAUGCUGUGGAACUACUUAAGGAGUAUGUUAAUAAAAAAUUGGAAGAUCAGAAAAUUAAUUCUAUUCUGAUUGAUCAUUUUUUGUGGGACUUUAGAAGAAAGCAUGCAAAGGAGAUUGAGGAAAGGGGAAUUCCUUUUCACAAAGUGUUUUGUAUUUAUUAUUAAAGCUGUAGAGUAUAAAGAUAUUACUCAAUAAAGAAUAUUUAUUUUUA